CGCACAUUGCGAUUGAGAAUUGGUAUACGAACGAGACGACUUCUCUUAUUUUCCGUAUAUGUCACGCGUAUCUUGCGAAACUCUAACAUGAGUUCGGAAAUUAAAAGUUGUUACAUAUACAGCGACGACAAAUCAUUAUCCGCGAUUUAUUUGCCGGAUCAAGCGCCAAUAACAGUUGGCAGAAGUCCUGAAACGAAAAUAACAAAUACAAAGUGCUCGAGAAAUCAAGUUCGUCUGUUUGCAAAUUAUGCGAAUGGAACAGUAAUAAUUCAGCAGUUGGGACAUCAUGCAUGUGGGUUGAAUGGGUACAAAACAGAGCGAGGUGUGAAACUCAUUGGAAAACACAGUGACCGUUUGGAAAUCCUUUAUGGUCAAUACCCAUACUGCAUAGAAUUCAAUCCACCACCGGUGUGUCCGGUUGAGCCACAAAAUGGGAAGAAGAAAAGAAUUUUGACAGAUUCUGAGAGCAAAGAUAGCGAGAGGUCUGAGAAGAGACCUAAAAAAGAAUCGUCGAACGAGUCAAAACCAAUAGUUGCAACAGAAAAUGAUCCUGACAAGGAAAUGGACUUUGUUGAUAAAUUAAAUACCAAAGAAAUGCUGCAAGAGCUGCAAAGAGACAAUGGAGAGAUGGGCAACGGGGCGGAACAACCCAUGGACAUUGAUUCGUCUGCAAAAACUAAUAAUGACUUUUGGGAAGAAUUAGGGACUUUGAUGAUUUAUACUGCUGCGGGGGUUCAAAGUAGAAGCAAAAUAGCAGCUUACGAUAUGGAUAACACCCUGAUAAAAACUCAAUCCGGUUAUGCUUUUCCAAAAGACCACAACGAUUGGCAAAUAUUGUUUCCUGAUGUGCCGGGAAAAUUGAAAAAAUUGCAUUCUGAAGGAUACAAAAUAGUCAUAUUCACCAAUCAGGGGGGAAUGUUCUUGGGCAAAGUGAAACCGAGUGAUUUCAAGCUCAAGAUCGAGCGAAUCGUUAAAAAACUUGGAGUACCUAUUCAGGUUUUCAUAGCCACUGGUAAAGAUAUGUACAGAAAGCCUCGCACAGGAAUGUGGGAAAAAUUAGUUAAUGAUAAAAAUGACGGUGUCCCAGUGGAAAGGUCAAAAUCUUUCUUCGUUGGUGAUGCGGCUGGCAGGCCGAAUAAUUGGGCACCAGGAAAAAAGAAAGACCACUCGUUGGCCGAUCGUUUGAUGAGUCUUAAUUUGGAGCUCCUUUUUUAUACACCGGAAGAACAUUUUUUAGGACAUAAAGCAGCGACGUAUGUUCUUCCAGAAUUCAACCCAAAAGCAGUGAACAAAAACACACCGAUUUGUGAUCCAUCGGAUAGCAGAUUAUCUCCGACGAAGCAAGAGGUAAUAAUAAUGGUCGGUAGUCCAGGAAGCGGUAAAACUCAUUUUGCUCAGAAUUAUCUGAAAGAUUAUCACUACGUGAAUCGCGACCAGUUGAGGAGCUGGCAAAAAUGUGUCUCAGCAAUGGAAAAUGCAUUGACAGAAGGGAAGAGCGUCGUUAUCGAUAAUACGAAUCCUGAUACAGCAGCGAGAAAGAGAUUUAUUGAUGCUGCUCAGACCCACGGGGUUCCGGUUCGAUGUUUCGUCAUGAAUACGGGCAAGGAACACUCUAGACACAAUAACAAGUUCCGAGAACUUACGGAUUCCAGCCACAUGACCGUCAGUGACGUCAUCAUUAAUUCUUACUCCUACACCAAUUCCACAUUGCUCUGGCGUUGCACGAGAUUUGUGAAGUUACUGCUCCUCAUGUGCCUCCGGCUGUUGGCCGGCACUAUCUUCUUCAACCAUGUACAACCUUACAGAAAGAAUUACGUCGCACCAAGAAUGGACGAGGGCUUCACUGAGAUAGUGCGAGUUAAUUUCGUGCCACGUUUCCACAACGACGAACAUCGGAGACUCUACGAGAUGUACCUUCUCGAGAAGUAACAAAAAAAUUCAAGUCACGAAAUGAAGUGCCAGUUUGUGAGCUCCAUGGAGCCAAAAUGACACUUCUGGCAGGGGUCAUCAGGUACAAAGCCCUCAGCCUGCUCAUCUCGAAAAGAACACGAAGGAUAGCAAUCAAGUGGACAGAAUUCGCCUAAUUAUUUCAAUUCGAUUCGAGAAAAAUGUAUGGAUAAACAGAUAAUAAAUCAUUUCGCGGAUA